AUGCUCGACGGCAUCCACGAGCUCAUGCCAGCCGGAAGUAACGGCUGGGAUGAAGUUGCCGCCAAGUUCAAUGCUGGAAGGUAUCAGCUCAAGUUUUACACGGUUCGAAACCACGCAAAGCCCACCGGCGAUCCGUCGUGCCCGGUGGAUGUCGUUCGGGCCAAAUACAUCAGUCGUCGCAUCGACGCCAACUGUGCAGUGCUCACUAUAGAAGACGACAAGGAUGACAUGGACGACGACGGUUAUGGCGAUGGCAACAGUGAUGGUAACGACUAUGCGUCCGAGCAAGAUGAAUGCCAAGUCGAGAUGAACGAGAUUGAAGCGGGCCACAUCGGGGCCCCCAGUGGUGGAAUGACGUUGUAUGUGGCGAAGAAACAUCAAUCAAUUGACAAGUUUAUUGAUGGGGCGAUGGUAUCUGAUGCCAAGGACUCGUCGGACAUGAUGUCCAUGAUGCUACUCAUGGACGAACGCGCUGCUCAGCGCGAAGAAAAACACUCGACAAAGAGCUCGAAUGGCGGCUGCAGCAACAAGAGCGUGAGGAAAGAGUCCAGCGAGAUCGAUCUGAACGCGAUGCACGACGCGAUGAAAUGCAGCUCAUGCUGUUCACCAAGUUUUUGUCCAGGGCGACACUCGGGUGGGUAUCCUUCCAAGUCGCCCUGCUUCAACGGCGUGACGAUUCGACCCAACGCUAGGCCACCGACAGGAAAAGCUGAAUCCGACGCCAACUUCAUUCCCGGAGCCCGGGCAAUUAUGGCGGCCCAAAUGAUCGUGCCGUCGAGCCCGAAGCAAAGCACGCCAGAGACAAAGACCUCGUGCCGUCGAGCCCGAAGCAAAGCACGCCAGUGA